GGAGCUUCAGUCACAGGGCAAAGAAAAAGAAAGUUUGCGGGAUACAACACAAACUUGGUCCGAGAGCAAAAAAUUGCAUUUUUCCGCUGGAAAACCAUUCGUGGAGUAUUAAAUGGAUCCGUCCGCGUCCACCGGGGACGACCUGCUGGAUGUGCCAAAUGGCGAUCCGGCUAAAUUCUGUCGGCUGUGCUGUUCGGAGCUGGAUGUGGAGGAGCUGUUUCCGGACGGGCAGGGUAUUCGGCAGGAUGUGAUCGAUCGGAUUUACGGGUGCACCGGAAUUCGGAUUACAUUGGAGGACGAUUAUCCGUCGGCGGUUUGCUGGAUUUGUUUGAUGUCGUUGGAGGAAUUCCAGUGGUUCCGGGACCGGUGCCAGCGGUACGAUGUGCUGAUCCGCAGGAAACGUAAACUGAUGAUCGCCGACCGGGAAAAAGUUCCGAUACUGGUUGGAAAUCAUGGUUUUCCGGUCGUGGAGGAAGAUGAUGGGGAUUACGACGACGAUGACGAUGAAGAUGAACCGGAUGGACCCGUGCUACGGAUUUCAGCCGUUCAGGAAAAUGUUCGUACUCUAGAGGAGGAAAGUUUGGUUGUGCCCCAAUCGUUCCAGCCCGCACCGGAGGAACAGGAUGUCAAGCCAAACGCAGAAGCGCUGGCAGCUUUUGCCGCUCAUUUCAUAUCCGGUGGGGAUGGAUCUCCCGCGUCCGAGGACGCCGAGAAACGGUUCCAGUGUAAUCUGUGCAGCAAAAGCUUCAAAAACAAGGCCAACCUGUGGGAACACAACCGUCUCCAUAAGGGCAAUCUCCCCUUCCCGUGCAAAGACUGCGGAACUGCAUUCAGCCGGACGAAAUCGCUAGAAACCCACCGAAAGAAGUACCACUCGAAGGACUCGACGGAGGACCCCCCGCUUCGGUUGCAGUGCCCGUUCUGUCCCCGGGUGUUCCCGCGCAAGGGCGAUCGCACCCAGCACAUAAAGAUGGGCCAUCCGGAUUUGUACGACAAGAUGGAAACGCCGACACCGACGCUGUCGAGCGGGAGUAACACACCGGCGCCUGCUUUUGGGGCUGCUUCAUCUUCCAUGCUCGCCAUGCCGGAAACGAAGCCUAUCAUUAACAUUAAGCGACCGAUACUUUCCAGUACUCCCACGCAGAAAAGACAAAGAUUGUUUCCGGUGAGCGGGCCAGAAGGUCCCAAUCUGAACUGCACCAUCUGUACGAAACUGUUCCCAUCGCUGCGAGAGCUUGAGGAGCACGUCAGCCGGGAUCACCCCAUCGGUUCCAUCAUGUCUUGUCCGUUCUGUCCGAAGACGUUCAAAUCUCGACAGACAAUUCGGAUGCACAUCCUCAACCACCAGGGCAAGUUGCCGUUCAAAUGCGAAGACUGUGACGCACGAUUCGAUCGGAAGUUCUACCUGCAGAAGCAUCGCGAGCGCUACCACCAGGGAGACAUCGGGCAACCCAAGUGUCGUUUCCGCUGCAAGUUCUGCCCUAGGAUCUUCCUGCGCAAGAUGGAUCGCAAAACGCACACCAGGUUGGUGCACCAGUCGGAGGUCAAGAUCAAAAAGGAAAAGCUCGAUCCGGACAUUGAUGGGAAGGAAGCGAUCGAGGAGGCGGCUCAAUCCAAUACCUCAACUCCGGUCUCAAUGCAGCAAAACGAAAUAAGCUUCGGAUGCCUGCAGUGUGGAAUGCAGUUCAGAUCAGCGGACAAGCUCCGGGCCCAUACCUCCACGCAUCACCUGAAAAAAGAGGUCAAACCCACCACCGUGGCCGGGAAGGGCCCGAACCCAAGGCCUAUCCGACAAGGUCUUAACGUUCGCCGCCCUUUCAAGUGUCAGUAUUGCCCGAAGUCGUUCAGCCGGAAGUACAUCAUGAUGGAGCACACGUUCAUCCAUACGGGGUCUUUGCGCUACCCGUGCGACAUCUGCAUGGCCAUGUUCAACCGGCCACACUAUCUCAAAGCCCACAAGCUCAAGUACCAUAGCGAGAACUCCACGUUCAAGGCCAUCAAGUGUAGGUUCUGCACCCGGACGUUUGUGCGGCAGCAAGACAUUAAAAUGCACGAACGGGUUGCCCACAGUGUAACCGAUUACAAUGAUGCGAACGUCCAGCGGGAGGUGUUCGAAACUUCGCAAAACGGUUCACUGGAUGAGAGUGGUGGCAAAGGUGCUGGGGAAGAUGGUAGCGCGGCUGGAGGAGGAACUACGAAGCUGCCCUACACAAUCGAUGAGGACGUGGACGAUUUCGAUGGCGACGAUGACGAUGACUACGUUGAUGGGGACGAAAACGGAGAAGACGACAACGGUUACGACAUUCCGGAAAACCCGGAGAUUCGCGACGUGGUUGUUACACUGGAGCGAAUCCCCGACGACGUCCUGGAAACGCUGGACACUUCAUACGACUAUGGAGAAGAGGGAGAGGACGGUGAGCCCAACGGUGAAGCCGAAUCCGAAAGCCAGCGGAUCGACACUCCAAGGCUCAACAUGAGCAUAACUCUGCACCGCUGCCCCAAGUGUCACAAGGUGUUCAAGACCCUCAGAUCGCUCAAACAUCACAUGAUCUACCAUCAGAGCCAGCUGCCGUUCGCUUGCGACGAGUGUGGAGUCCAGUUUGCCCGUAACCGACCGCUUCAGAUUCACAAGGAACGCUACCACUCGGAGGAUGCUCCCUACAAAGGGGAACGCUUCAGUUGCGACUUCUGCCCUAGGAUCUUCCUGCGCGAUCGCGAUAAACUGUUCCAUCAGAAGAUCGUACACUCUCUCGAGAAGAGCUAUCACAACCGAGACGAGGGCACCCCCGAACUAAAGAAAGCCAAGAUCAAAAAGCGCAAGGACUACGUUUGCCUGACAUGCUCCGAACGGUUCGAGACGGAGAAGGCCUGUCAGCGGCACAUCAAUCAGCAGCACUCUGAUGAAUCAAGUGACAAAAUGACAAGCGAUUCAGUUAUUCCAGCACUGUUGGUAACACCCAAACUUGAACCGGAGAGAGAUACCCCGGAAAACCUUGACGAUGUCAAAGCAGCAACCAUUCCAGAGUCGGAUCAACCUCCGCCACCGCCUGCGUUGGCAAUGAACAGACCGUACAAACUAUGCCGCUGCACGAUUUGUGCGUCCAUGUUCAAGAAUCGUGACAACUGGGAGGAUCAUCUCCAGAACCAUCCGAACGUGCGUCCACAUCACUGUGAAAAGUGUCUGAUCAAACGCAAAAGCCGCUCGAACCGUAAGGUCACGUCCGUCGGGUUCAAGUGCCAACACUGCCCCAAGGUGUUCACCAAGGCCAACACGCUCCGUGGGCAUGCACGUCUUCAUAACUCCGAGCUGCGCUUCCCCUGUGACGAGUGCGGCAUGAUGUACGAUCGCUACCGAUUGCUGCAGGCCCACAAGGACAAAUACCACUCGGAGGACUCGUACAUGAAUCCCCCAUUGGAGACGUACCGCUGUAUGUACUGCCCGAGGACUUUCAUGCGGCAGCGCGAUUGCAACUUCCAUCAGGAAUCGGUCCACGCAGUCUAACGCGUAAUUGUUUAUAAAGUAUUACGAAAAUUAUCAAAAAAACAAGCAAAGCAUACACACGUGCCCGGAAACGGACACUAUGGUAAGGACACCUGCCCAACGAUGAGCGGGAAAUAUUAUUUUAUAAAAGUGGUACUCUUCUUCGUUUACAUUUUAUUUAGGUUUUAUUUUUAAUGCUACAUAAAUAACGAUCAGGUAGGACUUCCAUUCAUCUCGGUCUUUAGUUUAGAAAACCAUAUUGUGAUGGGAGCACAGAGUUUCACGACAACCAGACAUUACAUUUUAUACUCGACAGACGCAGAACUGUUAUAGCUUCCUUUUCGCCCUCCUUCUGUCUUAAUAUUAGUAUGACUUUACCUACUUAAUAAAAUUGAGUAAGAUCUGAAUGCCGAAAUGUGCAAAAUAAAGAA